AUGUCCGUUACGUCCAGCAAGCCUGAGAUGCAAUCCGAGUUCCAGGAGUUUGAUACUCCUGCUGCGAGACCGCAGAAGAGUGGUGCAUCUCGCGUCGUCGAUUCUGUCGGUCUGGGUCUGACAGUCCUUGCUCUCCUCUCCUCCAUCACCAUCAUAGGAACAGCUGGCGAUACCCUUGGCGUGUACAACAAGACAACUCUCGGAUCAGAAUUCCCUCUUGCAUUAUGGCCUCGCGAGUUCGAUCUGAGACCUACUGUUGCGCUUGUCACCUGCGGAACAAUCAUUAUGCUCUCUAGCAUAGCAUUCUUGAUUGCGACGAAAGUCCCUGCUAUCAAGAGAAUCAGCCUCGUCUCCACCGGCAUCUCCUAUCUAUCUCCAACCAUCUCUCUCAUUGCCGCCCUCAUCGCAACAUCCUUCUUCUACGGAGUCAAUGCCUCGCAGACCAACUCCUCCCUACAAAGCUGGUCCUGCCAGUGGUCUUCCGUUGACAUGGAUGUCCAACCACACUGGAACAUGUUGUGCAAGGAGAGCAAGACGGCACUGUAUCUCACUGUCAUGAUCAUCCCACUGCAAGUUUUUGUUCUUGGGACAGCCGCAUGGGGUACGUUGGCGCAGAAGAAGCAGUCCGUAGCCCAUGAGUGCAAGGGAAGCCCAUCUUUGUCUUGA